AUGGCCGCUUGUGCCAUCCUGGUCCCCUUGCUCGAAGCGCUGAGUUCCAGAUUCCGGCCGCCACACCUGCUCAUGAUCCUGAGCGGCUUGAUGUACGUGAUCGGAGGCAUUGUGGAGCUUGAAGUGCCCAUAGAUGGAGCGUACAAUGAGUCUUUCCUGUACCACAUUCUGGUCUGCCUUUCGGUGAUGUUCGCCUAUUGUGCCUGCCAGACGCGGCGAUCGCUGUCGCACAUCCAGGAGGGUGACAGAAAGCUGCAGGAAAGGGAAAGGAGUCCAUUGGUAGAGGAGAGCGCGAAGGAGAAUGCAGGUGAGGAGCA